AUGUAUUAAAAUUACUCAUAACAAGCUUAAAUGGUCGAGGAUCUCUCUUAAAUAACUUGCUCCAAUAAUCACUAUAACACACGCAUUGAAUAUAUUUCGAAAAAUAGUCAGAAAGGUUCUAAAGAAUUGUUGUGUUCAAAGUGCAUAGAAAAUUUCAACAAUCCUCCUUCAAAUUUGAUUUUCAUAUAAGAUAUCAUAGAGACAAUUGAGUAAGAAAAGCGGUAGUGUUAUAUUCAAACGGAGAAUGCUACAUAUCACUUUAUUUAGGAUAUCGAAAAAUUAGUCUUAAGCUUACGUGAUUAUUAGGCAUAAAUGCAUUAUCAAAUUUAAAACCUUAUUGAGUCUAGUAAUAAUUGGAUAGAAAAUUUGAAUUAUUAUAAAAGUUAGAAGCUAAAAUAUAAACUUUUGGAUGAAAUAGAAAAUUUAGAUAAUUUACAUCUUUUCUAAGAAGAGUUAAGGUAAUAAAGUUUGACAUUUGAUGUUUAUGAAAUAAAUAAAAUAAACGAGAAUAAUAUUGAAAAGGUAUUUUUGGGCAUUGAAAAAAUUAAUUAAAAGGUAAAAGAAUGUUCUAAGUUCUAAGGAAUGGCUAAUGCAAUUAUAAAAAAUGCUAAUAAUUUUGAUUAUUUUUAACCUACAAAAAUGAAGAUUAAUUCAUAAAAAUUGAUUUCCGAUAAAAUCGAAGAUUAACUCUGCAAUGCCUUGGCUUUUAAUAGUGAUGAGUCACUAUUAGCAACAGCAGCAGAUAAGAAUAUAAAAAUCUGGAAAUUUCAAGAAGGAAAAUUGACAGAAAAUGUCGCAAACUUGCAGGAACAUUUAGAUUAAGUUGUUUGUUUGGUCUUUCAUCCAAUAGUAGUCGAUUUACUAAUGUCUGGAAGCAAGGAUGGAAUAAUAAGAUUCUGGAGAGACCCUAGUUAAAGCAAAUGGAAGUAAGUAGAAUCUCUUAGGAUUAAUAUAAGUUAUCCUAUAAGUAUGAUUCUGAAUCAAUAUUAAAAUUAAUUAAUUGUAGGCUGUUUUGAUGGUUCAAUUAAAAUAAACUUAUUCAAUGUGGAUAGAAAUAAGGCUAAUGAGUAAUAAAGGUUGGAUAAGCAUACUAAGCCAGUUUAUAGUAUAAGCUUAAAUUCUAAGUGCAAUCAAUUUGUUUCAUCUAGCAGUGAUAAAUAAUUAAUUAUAUGGGAGAAAAAUGAUGCUUAAAAUUGGGAUUUUAAGUAUGUGGUUGAUAAAUCAAUAAAUGAUAUUUGUUAUAGGGCUGGCUAUUUUGGAGACGACACAAUUGUGUUCCAAUAAAAGAGAAAUGGUAAUCUACAUUUCCUUAAAUUGCAAAACAAUAAAUUUUCAGAAAGAACAUAAUUGAAGUUAGCAGUAACUCAUUAGGAUCCAGAAGUUGAAUGCUUCUUCCCCAUAAUAUAUAAUAGUAAGAACUAAGUUUUGGUGGUAAAGCACUUUCAACAUGUCUACAUUAUCAAGCAAAACAAACAAUAAUAUUAAAUAGCCUGUUAACCAAUAGAUUGUUAAAAUCCAUAUAAUUACGGCACCCUGACAAAGGAUGGAUAAUACCUAGUAAUUUGGGAAAAUAUCACUAGAAAAUUUAAGGUAUAUGAAUUGCAAUAUUGA